UGUGGAGUCCGGUGGAGAAAGUGCUGUCUGCCGCAUUGGUGGCGGCGACAGCUGGAGGCGGUUUGGGGGAUAGGCCUCUUGGUCACCCUCCUUCGGUCCCCAGUUUAGAAUUUGAUUUUCUUCGCAGCACCACGGCCCCCUUGUCCAGUCCUGAGCCCGGUGCGGCUGUCCGGGAGCCUUGGUCAGGUUCCUUGGAGCCGCUCCCAGAGACACCUGCCCAGGUACUGCCUGGGCCACCAGCCUGGGUACUGGCUCCCUGCUUCAGCCCUCUGGACCUCACUAAGCAGUACGCUUAUCGUUCCACGCUCUGUCCCCUCUCCUCAAACCAGCGAGACCCUGGUCCAGAGCAACUGCCGUGGACCUGGGACUAGAACGGAUCCAAAACGCUCAGCCUCGGCCCACCACAGACAGGACUCUGCAUGGUCUCCGAUAUGUCGCCCACCGUGUCCCACAAGGACCACAGUCGGCAACGGCGGCCUGGGACUUUCAACCAUUCCCUGGAAGUGAAGACCGGCCCUCUGCCCCCGGGCAGCUGGGAUGACAGUCCGUCAGACUCGGUGGGCGGGGAAGAGGACAGAGAAGCGCUCCUGAGGGAUGCUGACACUGGUAACUUCUUGAAAGUCCCGCGGAGCUGUCGAGCUGAGAUAAGCAGCAUUUUGUUACUGCUGUUUCUUUACGUGCUUCAGGGCAUCCCCUUAGGCCUGGCGGGGAGCAUCCCACUCAUUUUGCAGAGCAGAAAUGUUAGCUAUACAGAUCAAGCUUUCUUCAGUUUUGUCUUUUGGCCCUUCAGUCUCAAGUUGCUCUGGGCCCCGUUGGUUGAUGCAGUUUACUUCAAGAACUUCGGUCGUCGCAAAUCUUGGCUUGUCCCUACACAGUAUACACUAGGUCUCUUUAUGAUAUUUUUAUCCACUCAAGUGGAUCAUUUGCUCGGAAAUACCGACGGCAGAACACCAGAUGUGGUUACCCUCACUGUGACAUUCUUUUUGUUUGAAUUCCUGGCCGCCACUCAGGACAUCGCUGUGGAUGGUUGGGCAUUAACUAUGUUAUCCCGGGAAAACGUGGGUUAUGCCUCCACUUGCAAUUCGGUGGGCCAAACAGCAGGCUACUUUUUGGGCAACGUUUUGUUUUUGGCUCUUGAAUCUGCCGAUUUUUGCAACAAAUACUUGCGGUUUCAACCUCAACCUAAGGGCAUCGUUACUCUUUCAGAUUUUCUUCUUUUCUGGGGAACUGUAUUUUUAAUAACAACAACUUUAGUUGCCCUUCUGAAAAAAGAAAACAAAGAAGUAUCAGUAGUAAAAGAAGAAACACAAGGGAUCACAGAUACUUACAAGCUGCUUUUUACAAUUAUAAAAAUGCCAGCAGUUCUAACAUUUUGCCUUCUGAUUCUGACUUCAAAGAUUGGUUUUUCAGCAGCAGAUGCAGUGACAGGACUGAAACUGGUAGAAGAGGGAGUACCUAAAGAACAUUUAGCAUUACUGGCAGUUCCAAUGGUUCCUUUGCAGAUAAUACUGCCUCUGAUUAUCAGCAAAUAUACUGCAGGUCCCCAGCCACUAAACAUAUUUUAUAAAGCCAUGCCCUACAGAUUAUUGUUUGGAUUAGAAUAUGCUCUGCUAGUUUGGUGGACCCCCAAAGUAGAGCAUCAAGGAGGAUUCCCUAUGUAUUACUAUAUUGUAGUGCUGCUGAGUUAUGCCUUACAUCAGGUUACAGUAUACAGCAUGUAUGUUUCUAUAAUGGCUUUCAAUGCAAAGGUUAGUGAUCCACUUAUUGGAGGAACAUACAUGACUCUUUUAAAUACUGUAUCCAACCUGGGAGGAAACUGGCCGUCUACAGUUGCUCUUUGGCUGGUAGAUCCCCUCACAGUGAAAGAGUGUGUAGGGGCAUCAAACCAGAAUUGUCGAACACCCGAUGCUGUUGAGCUUUGCAAAAAACUCGGUGGCUCAUGUGUUACAGCACUGGAUGGUUAUUAUGUGGAAUCCAUUAUUUGUGUCUUUAUUGGAUUUUGUUGGUGGUUCUUUCUUGGACCAAAGUUUAAAAAGUUACAGGAUGAAGGACCAUCUUCAUGGAAGUGCAAAAGGAGCAAUUAAUGCAUAGACUGUUGGAUGUUCUAGAAGGUAAUUGUAGUUUGGUUUUAAUUCAGAGAGCUGUGAUAAUCAGUGCACAGGAAUAUAAAAUAUUAUUUUAAGUAUGGAAAUUACUAAUACAAAAUGCCAAAUGGUUGAAAAAUAGAAACUUGGUGUAUUUGUUCAUAUUUUUCCUUUGCCUUGUCAAUGUAUUUAAAGUUUACUUACAGACAGGAAAUUUGUUCUCAAACAACUUUUAUAGCCUUGUUAUUUGGUUUAUAUCUUAAUUUACUGACCAAAGCAUGUUUUAAGCUGCAGUGUAAUAGUCAAGGCUGGUAACCAGUCAAGUAUUGUUACUGGUACCUAUCAUUGAAUUGUAUUUAAAAUUUUGAUAUGGUAUAUUAAAUGGAAGAGAACUUGAUAUUCAAGAGCUAACUAUAACUGAUCUGAUCUGAUCUUGUUAGCAGUUAAAAAUUUUAUUUUGAAUUGUAAGUUUGUUAAAUUUCAUGUGGAAUUUGCUGAGAAGAGAUUGUAAACUACUGAAACAUCAUUUAGUUGAUUUCUGACCAUAACCAUAUUGUACAGCUGAAUCUGUGUGGAAAAGACUAUUUUAAAUGUAUUCCUGCUUUUGUAAACAGUAAAGAUUUAUAAAACAAUAAUUUAAACUAUUUUUUAUAAAAUGAAAGCUACAGUUUUUAAUUUAUUGAUUUCCCCUACCCUGCCCCAUUUUUGGAAGAUUCUUUGAUUCUUUGUUACUUUUACCCUAAUAGUUAUGUAUGUUUUUUGUCACAAGUACUUCAUGGCACACAGACAGCUCCUGGGGGGAUCAAAUUUAGUGUUGUGUGUAUGUUCAUGACAAAGUUUUGAAAAUAAAAAUUAAAUGUCAUUCUUUAAGUUCUUUUUUUAAUUACUAAGAAAAAUAUUACAUCUUUCCAAUUAAGUAAAAUCAAAAUGAGUGAUAUAAUUAAAAUAUCUUAAAGAGAGGGAGGAACAUUUUGUGCCUUUGACAAAUCAUGUCGUAGGAAAACAUUUCUUAAGCACUUUAUUACUAAAAAUGAUCUUACCAUACUUUAUGCCAAAUCAAGUACUGUACUGUAUCUUUUCAAUUUAUUAAAACACAACUUUCUGUUUGUAAACUAUGGUUUCCAGUGGAAAACUGCUAUUCCAAGAGUAAAAGUUUUUGAGUACAUUGGCACUUUUCAAUGUAUUAUUUACACCCAGUAGGAUAAGGUUCUUGGCAUAUUUUGUGUUAAGUAGUACUUUGAUUCUUUAGAAAUUAUAUAAAUUCUUUAAAAGUUAGGGAAAAAAUCAGUUAAGAGUUUUUAGUUUUAUCUUUGUGAGAAAACAUAUACUAACUCCUGGUUUUAUUAAUUUUAUAACAUAGAUUGAAUUUUAGAGCAGGGUUUUUAUAAGUAAUGGAGAAUAAACUAGGUAGGAGAAAAUACCGCACAGCAUCUGAAGGAAGAUAGUAGGCAGUGGCCUCUGCAACUCCUGCAUUACCAUUGGAAAACCUGUGUUGGGUAUGGAAGUCAGCCUGUGAAGAAUCACCUGGAAAAAUACUCAUCCUAGAGGAAAGGAAGGGAUACCAAACCACAGACUACAGUACGUGGUCACAUGAUUUUCCACUGUCAUGUAUUAUAAUCAAAAUGUUUACUUGAAUAAAGAAAAACUCACUUAACUCA